GAGGUGCAGCACAGUGUUCUGAUCAUCUGAAGAUCAGCUAUUAGAAGAGAAAGAUCAGUUAAGUCCUCUGGACCCGAUCAACUUGAUAACAAGAACUACUGAUUUCAACUUCUUUGGCUUAACUCUCUCCGAAACGAUGAAAUAUACAAGUUAUAUCUUGGCUUUUCAACUCUGCAUCGUUUUGGGUUCUCUUGGCUGUUACUGCCAGGACCCAUAUGUAAAAGAAGCAGAAAACCUUAAGAAAUAUUUUAACGCAGGUGAUUCAGAUGUAGCGGAUAAUGGAACUCUUUUCUUAGGCAUUUUGAAGAAUUGGAAAGAGGAGAGUGACAGAAAAAUAAUGCAGAGCCAAAUUGUCUCCUUUUACUUCAAACUUUUUAAAAACUUUAAAGAUGACCAGAGCAUCCAAAAGAGUGUGGAGACCAUCAAGGAAGACAUGAAUGUCAAGUUUUUCAAUAGCAACAAAAAGAAACGGGAUGACUUCGAAAAGCUGACUAAUUAUUCGGUAACUGACUUGAACGUCCAACGCAAAGCAAUACAUGAACUCAUCCAAGUGAUGGCUGAACUGUCGCCAGCAGCUAAAACAGGGAAGCGGAAAAGGAGUCAGAUGCUGUUUCGAGGUCGAAGAGCAUCCCAGUAAUGGUUGUCCUGCCUGCAAUAUUUGAAUUUUAAAUCUAAAUCUAUUUAUUAAUAUUUAACAUUAUUUAUAUGGGGAAUAUAUUUUUAGACUCAUCAGUCAAAUAAGUAUUUAUAAUAGCAAUUUUGUGUAAUGAAAAUGAAUAUCUAUUAAUAUAUGUAUUAUUUAUAAUUCCUAUAUCCUGUGACUGUCUCACUUAAUCCUUUGUUUUCUGACUAAUUAGGCAAGGCUAUGUGAUUACAAGGCUUUAUCUCAGGGGCCAACUAGGCAGCCAACCUAAGCAAGAUCCUGUGGGUUGUGUGUUUAUUUCACUUGAUGAUACAAUGAACACUUAUAAGUGAAGUGAUACUAUCCAGUUACUGCCUGUUUGAAAACAUGCCUGCAAUCUGAGCCAGUGCUUUAAUGGCAUGUCAGACAGAACUUGAAUGUGUCAGGUGACCCUGAUGAAAACAUAGCAUCUCAGGAGAUUUCAUGCCUGGUGCUUCCAAAUAUUGUUGACAACUGUGACUGUACCCAAAUGGAAAGUAACUCAUUUGUUAAGAUUAUCAAUGUCUAAUAUAUAUGAAUAAAGUGUAAGUUCACAACUACUUACGCUGUGUUGGACUUUUUCUAAGUGAGAACUGGAGUGAAAGAACUACCUAUUAAUGAAUUAGUAGGGAGGGGAGUCUUCUUAGCUGUGGAAAUUUUAGAGUUGCAUUUGGUUCCAUAAAUGUGGUGUUUCUUUCCACUAGCAUUUUGUUGGCUUUCACUUUUCCAGUUGGCAGCUCUUUGAAUUAUCUUUCUAAGAUACAGAUUUAAUUAUGUCACUAUUCAAUUCAGAGGUUCUGCUAUGGAAUGUAGUUUAAACUGCUUAGCUUAGCACACAGAGAUUUAUUUCUAGCCCCUUCUCCACCUUCCUUUUCCCUCCUUCAUUUCAGAAUCUUCAUCUCCCUCAUUCAAUGCUGGCAAACACCAGUGGGUGUGGAGUAGUGGGCAUAAGCUCUAGGGAGAAGGCUUGGAUUGGAAUCCAAGUUAUUUCAUUACAAGUAGUGUGACCUUUAAUACAUUAUGUAUAUUGUCUAAGUUUCAGCUUUAUUGUCUGAAAAAGAAAAAUAAUUGUGUGUUCCUUAUAAUAUUGUGGUACGAAUUGAUUCUUUCAUUCAAGAAAUAUUUAUUGGAGUACCUACUAUGUGCCUGGUGCUGUUGUAGAUCCUUGAGAUACCUUACUCAAGCAAAACAGCCAAGGAUCCCUGCCCCUGGGGAAUUUUAAAUUAAGCAAGGGACAGAUAAACAAUGAACAAAAUACAUAAUAUGUAAGUCUAUUGCAUGGCAUUCUCUAAGGUGAUUGGUGUCAUGGAAAAAUAGUUAAAGGAAAGCAGGACAGGGAAAUUAGGAAUCCUAUGUAUGGUGGGGUGGGAGGGCUAGAUGUUUAAAAGGGUAAUUAUAUGUGACCUUAUUGAGGAGAUGCCAUUUGAGGAAGCACUUGUAAGAAGUGAGAGGUAGCUAUUUGAAUUCCAGGCAAAAGGUAUAUCCUUGCAAAGGCUCUGAAGAGGAGAUUUUCCUGGAGUGGUAGAAGAACCAGCAGACCAGUGUGCUGGGCCCAGAAGACGGAAGAGAAAAUCAGCCACACUUGAGAGGAAUUCAGGGGAAGCAAUGUCCUUGGGGGAAGGCCAGUUUAUCUUUUGAGAAGGAGGAAGUUGAGGAUAUGAUGGAUUUGGUUAGUUCUGGGCUGUAAAUUCCAGAAGACCCAGCGAGACAAAAUAAGAGACGGUCAUAAAAGGGAAUAUGCAUAGGGAUGUGUUGUGAGUCUGAGACUUCUUAUGGUCACUGACAUAAACAAGAUAAUAGGUAUAGUGAGAUUAGUUCUACCAGCUGUGGAACAUAUAGUGGUGGCAAGAUUGUGAAUGUCAAGGAUAGAGAGGGUUAGGCAUCUGGGGCUUCCUCAACAAUUUCACAUAACCCUCCAACAGCAACGGUAGGAUUAUGUGAAAUAGAUCACACAAAGGAUCAUUUGAGUCAUUGACAAUAAUCAGGGGUCAUUAUUUUGAUUAUUGGGUAACAAAGUGACAGUGGGUGAGAUCUGAUUCUAAAACUUUUGAAUCUUUGAUGAAGCAAGAUUGGAAGUAAAUUGGGUUAAUUUUGGCACAACUACAGCUAAUAUGAUCUGCUACUGGUGUCUCCACUCUUGUUCGAAUUAAGAUUCAUUGAUGCGGACUUUGAUAUAUAAACAGAUGGAGGGCUACUGUGAAACUGUCUUGCCUGGACCAUAGUUCCAGAUCAUACUUCUGGGGAAGGGAUUGGAAAUUCCCACCAUCAAUCAUCUUGAGCAGUGAUUAAUCAUACCAUGUGUAAUGAAGCCCCAGGAGAUAAAUUUUAGUCUAGGGCUGGAUAAAAAAUUCCUUCUCUCUGAGGUUGGUCUCAGUUUGGCCCAGACUGUGAGACAUGAAGAGAUAUAAACUGUAUUAGGUGCUGUGAUGAUAGCAGGGAAUGAGACAGGGAGAAGAUCCUUUAAGAGAACUUGAGUUGAGACUGGCCUAUGCA